CAAGGGAUUUCCCAGAGACUUCACAUACGCACGGCUGUGCGGUGCCCCGACAUACGUACGAUUGUACGGUACCUUGGCCGUUCGUACGAUCGUGCGGAGAGCACGGCGUGCGAGCCCCGUGCCAGGUCCGGUACAUCCCAACACGUCAAAAGCAGAAACGGAGUUGACGGAGAGAGUGCAGCACAUCGCGGAGCCCUGCGGUGUGGCAAGUGUUCCAUUCCUGCUGAUGGUGUUGUUGUUGUGAGUGUGCUCGUGGUGGUCUGGCGUGUGUUCGGGCGUGCCAACGUGCGUGGUGCCAGCCGGAAAGUGUGCGAGGUGCGUGUUUUGAGCGAGAAACUUCGCGGGAUUCCAUCGGAAUUCCUGGUGUCGUGCUGGACCUCGUGCACGGGAUUCCCCGCCUAGGUCGCCGCCGAUCUCGCCUCGUCGGAUCCGGACUACAUCGACGUUGGCGCUCAUAGUCAGCUGCUGUCGAAUCUGCGUCAGAGGCGCUGUCGUGAAUCGUGCUAAGACACGGUGGACACUCGGACGACCUACCGACAGACGGGAAGCCCACCAGAUCGAUUGAACGAAUUCCAGACGUUUACGUCAAGAAUCUCAACAACACCGACGGCAACGGAGACUGAAGAAAAUAAUAACAAGACGACGACCGAUAUUGAGAAUUGCGAGUGUCAAUAUUGUUGUUGUUGCUGCUGGAGCGCUUUUGAUAUCUUAUCCUCCAUAUCGUCAUAAUCAUCACCGAGAGAUAUCCCAAGCAGAGCUUUGCAUGAUUUCGACGUUGACGACCGAGUCUCCUCCGUCGAGCCAAGCAUUCUCAGUGGUGGUGGUGGUGCCUCCUGCUGCCGCUGCUGCUGCCGUAGCUGCUGCCGCUGCUGCUAGUGCAAAUAGCAGCAACAACAACAACAACAACCACCACAACAACAACAACAACAAAACAGUCACUGAUUGUGCUGCUCGCAUCAUAUCACCACCUAAGAUGCCUGCCGUAAACCGUAAGGUCGCCAUCAUGGGCUACCGGAGUGUCGGGAAAUCCUCGCUGACGAUCCGGUUCGUAGAAAACCAAUUCGUAGAUUCGUACGACCCCACCAUCGAAAACACAUUCACGAAGACCUUCAGAACCGACGGCAAGGAAGUUUCAUUGAAGAUCAUCGAUACGGCCGGUCAGGAUGAAUACUCUAUUUUUCCUACCGGUUACACGAUGGACAUCAAUGGGUAUGUUCUUGUCUAUUCGGUCACGUCAAGACAAAGUUUCGAGGUCGUGAAGAAAAUCUAUCAGAAGCUUCUGGACCAGACAGGAGUGAAGCAGCUUCCAGUGGUUCUAGUUGGAAACAAGAAUGACCUUCGAAAUGAGCGUGUAGUAAGUCCCGAGGAAGGGCGCGAACUCGCACGUUACAUGAAGGGUGUAUUCUUGGAGGCAUCAGCAAAGCAGAACGAUUGUGUGUUGGACAUCUUCACACAGCUCAUAGGACGAAUCAAUGUUGUGAAUGUUCAGAGCGACAGUUCAGACAAGGGGUCAUCAUGUGUUGUUUCUUAGCAAAUUGAGAAAAGGUGAAAAAAAUGGUAGGCGGGCGCUCUUGGAAAUGAAUCAAAUUACGACGAGUACCGGAGGAACGGCUCGAACCAAAUUCUGAGGUCGGUCGACGAAGAUCGCGCGGGAAGCCCGGUCGUCCUGUUGAAUUGACGUUAUUACGACCGGCUGAGAACUGCGAUGAGCUUCGUGCUGACAAGCGACCCUAAUUCCCGAAGCAAAAUAUCGAAAGGAGAAGAUUCUUUUCGCUUCAUAAUGCGUUACCGUACUCAACCAUGCACACGAAGGUAUGAAAUUGCUCGAAGCAAAACUUACGAGUGGAAGCUCAUCAUCUGCCGAAGUUCGAGUCGGAUGAAUCGGCAGAAGAAGGUUGAAAACUCGAACAAAGCUCAAGUUAAACCCUAUCCGGUAUAAAGUAUUGUAAAUAAAAAUCAAACGGAACAGAGAACCAUCUGUUCGUCGAUUCGUCCGGAGUCCCCAGAGCACGGUACAGUUUCGUGUCGGAAUCUUCUUCUCAACAGAUAAGAAUCGAGACCGUAUUCCUGUGUUUGAUCAGGGUUACUGAACCGUUCCACCGAGCCGGAGCUGGGAAGCGGACGAUAGGCGUUGGAUAUUUAUGGAUUA